AUGCCCAGAAAAACUAAAAACAAAUCUUCUAAUCAUAAUAAUCAUUCAAAUUCUAACAAAUUAACUAACGGAGAUGAUAUCGCAGAUGAUGAUUUUGAUUCUACUGACGAAUCUGAAGAUAGCUCAGCUGAAUUACUUACACAUAAAGUUGAGGAUAAUAUAUUCAAAACCUUGAUGAAAAUUAAGAAUGAUGAUCCUGAUAUCUACAAUUAUGACCAUAAAUUCUUUAACGACUCGGACUUUGAACCAGAUGAAGAUGAUAAAUCAAAUAAAACCGAGAAACCAUUUACAUACUCUGAUUUAGUUCGUGAAACACUAUUGAAAGAUGGUUCUGAAGCUUUUGAAAAUGACCAACUUAAUCCCAACGGGCUUUCAUAUGAUGAUGAACAGAGUUUACUCAAGAAAGAGUUUUUAGAGGCUUCCAAAACUAUAGACGAUUCGGAAUUUUUAACUAAAAGUGACUCAAUUGACGUGAUUCCAGAAUUGAUACCAUCUCGAACCAUAUCUGAUAAACCUUUAAGGGAAAGUGAAUUGAUUUCAAGUUAUUGGGCUUCACAGGGAAAACUUGACGAGAAUGAAGAGUUUUUGAAGGACUACAUACUUAACCAGAGAUGGAGAGAAGACAGACUUGAGAAUUUUAAAGUCGACCAUACCCUACAGAAAAUUGACGAAUAUGAUGAAGAACAUAUUGAGAAGGCUGAUGAGUUUGAACUAAAAUACAAUUACAGAUAUGAGGAAGAAGAUGGAGCAAAAAUCAUUGGAUAUCCCAGAAAUAUAGAAGAUUCAGCCAGGAAACCGGAUGAACGAAGACGUCAGAAAAGACUUGAAAAGAAGAAACGGAAGUUGGAGGAGAAAGUUAGAAGAGAUGAGAAGAUCAAAAGACUGAAGAAUCUGAGAAAAUCAACGUUUGAGAAGAUAAAGGAAAUAGAAUCAACUGCUGGAGUAACUAUUAAACAUGAUGCAAUUGAUUUUGACGCACCAUAUGAUCCAGCACAACACGAGCGUGACAUGAAGAAAAUAAUAGGUCUAGGGUACGAUAAGCAGGACGACAAUUACGAUUCUGACUUGAAUCCUGAAAUGUGGUGGAUGUGUGACGACUGUAAGAAAGGAAUCCCGUCAGGACAAACACAUUAUGACUGUAAAGAAUGUGACGACUUUACUUUGUGUGAAAAAUGCCUAACAGUUACUGGUCACGAGCAUAAGGACUUUGAGGGCAAGAAUGUUCCAAUAAUUUGUGCUCCGCCUGAGGAAAUUGAGAACUACGACCUCGACUACGAAGACUAUAUCGGUGACAUGCCAGUCAAGUUCAAGUAUCGUAAAGUUGAGCCUUACCCGUGUGAUAUAAAUGUAGUUCUCGAAAAGUCUGACAAAGAGUUAAACCAAAUCAUGCCACUGAAGCACCUGAUUGGCUAUGACUUACCAAACCCUAAUGAUAUAAAGGUCCGUAAGCCUCGAAAGAAUAAAGAAGUCAAAAUGACUGAAAGGAAGAGGAAACAAAUGUUAAAGGCCAUGACUCCAUACAACGUUAACAGGGACAGACUUAAAGCCUUUGGCCUCGAUAAGAAAUUUAAACGCCAUAAGCAAUAG